AUGGGUCAAGACGACGAGCCGAAGACCUACCGGUACAAUGAGACUCCGGUCUACACCACGUCCAAUGGCUGCCCUGUCAUGGACCCCCAGGCGUCCCAGCGCGUCGGCCGUAAUGGCCCCCUUCUGCUGCAAGACUUUCACUUGAUUGACCUGCUGGCCCACUUUGACCGCGAGAGGAUCCCCGAGCGCGUGGUUCACGCCAAGGGUGCCGGUGCGUACGGCGAGUUCGAGGUCAUCGACGACAUUAGCGACAUCACCGUCGUCGACAUGCUCAAGGGCAUCGGCAAGAAGACCAAGCUCUUCACCCGUUUCUCGACCGUCGGCGGCGAGAAGGGCUCCCCCGACAGUGCUCGCGACCCCCGCGGGUUCGCCAUCAAGUUCUACACCGAGGAGGGCAACUGGGACUGGGUCUUCAACAACACUCCCGUCUUCUUCCUGCGCGACCCCGCCAAGUUCCCCAUCUUCAUCCACACCCAGAAGCGGAACCCCCAGACCAACCUGAAGGACGCCACCAUGUUCUGGGACUACCUGUCCACCCACCACGAGGCUGUCCACCAGGUCAUGCAUCUCUUCAGCGACCGCGGCACCCCCUACUCCUACCGCCAUAUGAACGGCUACUCCGGUCACACCUACAAGUGGACCAAGCCGGACGGCACCUUCAACUACGUGCAGAUCCACUGCAAGACCGACCAGGGCAACAAGACCUUCAACAACGAGGAGGCCGGCCGCUUGGCGUCCGAGAACCCGGACUGGCACACGCAGGACCUGUUCGACGCCAUCAAGCGCGGCGAGAACCCCUCGUGGACCUGCUACGUGCAGGUGCUGAGCCCCGAGCAGGCCGAAAAGUUCCGCUGGAGCGUCUUCGACCUGACCAAGGUCUGGCCCCAGAGCGAGGUGCCCCUGCGCCGCUUCGGCCGCUUCACCCUCAACCGCAACCCCGAGAACUACUUCGCCGAGGUCGAGCAGGCCGCCUUCUCGCCCUCGCACAUGGUCCCCGGUGUCGAGCCCUCCGCCGACCCCGUCCUGCAGUCCCGCCUGUUCUCCUACCCGGACACCCACCGCCACCGUCUGGGCGGCAACUACGAGCAGAUCCCCGUCAACUGCCCCAUGCGCGCCUUCAGCCCCUGGCACCGCGACGGCGCCAUGAACGUCAGCGGCAACUACGGCGCCAACCCCAACUACCCGUCCAGCUUCCGCCCGCUGCGCUACGAGCCCGUCAAGGCCAGCCAAGAGCACGAGCAGUGGGCCGGCGGCGUCGUCGCCGAGCAGUUCCCCGUCACCGCCGAGGACUACGUCCAGGCCAACGGUCUCUGGCAGGUCCUGGGCCGCCAGCCCGGCCAGCAGGAGGCCUUCGUGCACAACGUCUCCGGUCAUCUGUGCAAUGCCCACGAGCGAGUCCGCAAGGCCACUUACGAGAUGUUCCGUCGGGUCAACGCCGACUUGGGCGCGCGUCUCGAGAAGGCCACCGAGGCGAUUGCCACCGACGCGAAGUCCGCUCGGUUGUAA